AUGCAUCUUUCACUGCUCUCUCGCACUAUUGCUGCUAUUAUUUUUCUGAGGCUAUUAUAUCGCAGAAUUUCUGGACCACUCGUGCACCUUCCCGGUGCGGAAAUUUCACGAUGGACGGGACUAGUCAGUAUGAUCUACUGGUUUCGUGGGCAAAAACCGAACUAUAUUCACUAUCUUCAUGAUAAAUAUGGUCCAAUUGUCCGAGUUAGCCCCAACGAGGUCGACAUUUGCGAUGUUGAAGCCGUGAAGGAGAUCCACAAGACUGGAGGGCGUUUCCUCAAAUCAGCUUUCUACCAGGCAUUGACGCCCCCGGGGAUAGAGAAUGUGUUUUCAACAAGAGAUCCUGCGUUCCACACCGCUCAUCGACGCCUUCUAGCAGCACCUAUCUCGGAUUCUUCCCUGACUGUGUUUGAAACAAUCAUCACCAGCAAGGUCGCCCUAGCUGUCAACAGGAUGGCCGAAGAAAUGGCUUCCCGUGGUGCCAUGGACGUCUUUAAGUGGUGGUUAUUCAUGGCUACUGAUAUUAUUGGAGAACUAAGCUUCGGCGAAUCGUUCCGCAUGUUGGAGUCUGGAAAGAAAAAUCAAUAUGCCCUUGACGUUGAACAGACCUCUUCCUUUGCUCCAGUUCGAACCACUUUUCCGUCUCUUGUGCGGCUCGGAUCGAUUAUUCCCCUCCCAGUCUUUCGAACGGUCGCUGAUGCUGGUAAGCGGAUGGGUAUCUAUGCUCAACAGUCGGUUGACAGGCAUCGCCGUCUUAUCGAGAAAUCAGGAUCAGACGCAAAGCCAACAUUAUUCGGGAAGUUGUACAAUGCCGGACAAGACGGUCUAUCCAAUGCUGAAAUAAGGAACGAGGCCCAGGCAUAUAUCGUGGCCGGGAGCGAUACAACAGCCAUCACUCUGACAUAUCUCGUCUACUCUGUGUGCCAGAAUGAGGAUAUACGUGCCAAAUUGGUGAAUGAGCUCAGCUCACUCCCUACAGACUUCAACGAUAGGAUGAUUCGGGAACUACCUUACUUGAACCAGGUGAUCAACGAGACCUUAAGAUUGUAUACGGCCGUCCCUUUGGGUCUACCAAGGACUGUUCCACCGGAGGGGGCAUCCUUUCUAGGUCAUCAUCUUCCCGGCGGACUCACCGUCACCACCCAAUCCUACAGUCUGCAUCGGAUGGAGGGGAUAUUCCAUGAGCCAAAUAGAUUCGACCCUAACCGCUGGGAAAUCCCUACCAAAGAAAUGAAAGACGCCUCUAUACCCUUUGGACGAGGCUCGCGCAUUUGUAUUGGUAUGCAUCUGGCUCGUAUGGAACUACGUCUUGCGACUACUCUUUUCUUUCGAGCUUUUCCAACCGCUAAGAUUUCCACGAAGGAAGGGAUGGGGGAUGAAGACAUGAAGAUGAAGAGUUUCUUUUUGAUGGCCCCCAAAGAACAUCGCUGCCUCCUAGAGACAUGA